AUGGACGGCAGCACCACCCCGGCCCCGGCCCCGGGACACACCAUCGUGCGGGUCCUGGGCGACUCUGAGACCGACCUGGAGGCGCUGUUCAAGGCGGUGAUGAACCCCCAGGCGGGCAGCCUGCCCCAGGGGGUGCCCAUGCGGCUCCGCAAGCUGCCGGAGUCCUUCUUCAGGCCGCCGGACUCGGGCUCGCACUCCCGCCAGGCCAGCGGCGACUCCAGCCCCGGCCCCGGCCCCGGCGGCCCCCCCGCCGGCCUGCCCCACUUCCACAUCCAGCACAUCCGCUCGCACUCCUCGCCCGCCUCGCUGCCCGGCCCCGGCCCCGGCCCCGGCGGCCGCUACAGCCACCACCGGCAGCAAUCCUUCGACAACAUCGACGACGUACCUCUGCCGCCCGGCUGGGAAAUGGCCAAAACCCCGUCUGGUCAGAGAUACUUCCUCAACCACGUGGACAGAAUCACAACCUGGCACGACCCACGCAAGACCUUGAGCCAGAUGAAUCUGAACACGGCGGGCUCGCCCGGGCAGAUGCAGCAGAGACCCAUGCAGUUAUCUCAUCAGAACCCUGGACCAGUGCCUGAAGGGUGGGAACAAGCAGUGACACCUGAGGGAGAAAUUUACUUCAUCAACCACAAAACCAAGUCUACGUCCUGGCUCGACCCACGACUGGAUCAACUCUGCAUGAUGACGCAGCAGCCUCUGGCCUCGGGGCCGACCCCAGCCCUGGGCUCCCCCGGCCCCCGCCUGCCCAUGCUCAACCUGUCCACCGCCCUGUCCGUGCAGCAAAAACACCAGCAGAAGAUGAGGCUCCAGCAGAUCCAGAUGGAGAAGGAGCGGAUCAAACACUUGCAGCAGGAGCUCAUGAGACAGGAGAAAGCUCUCUACAAUCAGAUUCCCAAUCAAAUUCCCAUUGAAUCAGACAAUAUUCCCACAGCCCAGAACGCAGUCUCCACACCCACCAUGACCCAGGAGAUGCACGCCAUCACAAACAAUGGCUCGGAUCCCUUCCUCAAUAGUGGGCCUUACCAUUCGCGACAGGCCAGUGCUGACAGCGGCCUAGGGUUAGGGAGAACAUCCGAAGACUUCCUUGGCCACGUGGAGGAGAUGGACACAGGAGACAUGGGACAAAGUGCUCUGACUGCAAACCAGCCCAGUCGCUUUCCUGACUUCCUGGACUCGCUGCCUGGGACCAACGUGGACCUGGGGACACUGGAGGGAGAGGAUCUGAUGCCAAGUCUGCAGGAGCCAUUCGAAACCGAUAUCCUGCCUGACGUGGAGAGCAGCCUGAACCCUAAAGAGACUUUCCUCACAUGGUUGUAAGAGCUUAUGGAAGUGGGGGAGAGAGCAAGAGAGAGAGAAAAGAUCACGAAAAAUGGAGGUGGAUGGUCCCUUUCUGCUUGGAUUAGAGGUGACCUGGGCUGUUCUGCUCUCUGGUGGGCUGGGCUUGUCAUUAAAAUAGAAAAGAUGCCAAUGGGUACCUCUGAUCUCUGCUCUUACAGAAUCUCAGUGUUGCCUUUGAACUUCCUCGUAUUGCUGGGAUUUAUUUCUGCUAGAAGAUACAAUAGGCCGUUGGCUAGUCCUACUUUGCAUGGCAAAUUGGAUGAUUUUUUAUUAUUAAUAUUUUAUUAUUAUUAUUAGUCUGCCAAACAGAAAAUGAACCAAAGAGACAAACCGUUUCUUUUCUCUUUUAACUCUGUCCUGUUUUACUCGCGUGGCCCGAGACUGAGCUGGGUGGUUCUGGGUUGAAAUGACGAAAGAAAGCAAGGCGAUAAAGAGAAUUAAUGACAGGUUGUUUCAGAGAGCUGCUUCACCAGGGAAAACAAGGUGCUCCAGAACAAAGCAGAGCUUGAAAGCCUUCAUAUUGUUCAGUAUAAAUGUAGAAACAAUGAAGGAUCACUUUGAUUGUGGGUCCCUUUAAACCAUUGCACAGCAAAACUCUCCAGCUUUGCUGUGCUUCUCACUGACUUCACUAUUACCCAGCUUGCUUCUCUCAACGUUCUGAGAUUAUAUUAUUUUGAGAAUGCGAAUGCAAGGAUUACAAUAAUUUAGUAUGAAUUUAAGUGCAUAACCUUUACUAUCUUAAUUUCUGUAAAAAUAGUUACGAUUCUUACACUACAAAAAAAACUAAACAAAGGCCACAUUUUAUCGAGUGGUGAACUUUGUUCUUUUUUAUAUAAACCCAAUGUUUUUAAUUGUUGCCGUGAUGAAACUCAGAUUUUUUUAUUAUCAGGUUGAAUUGUUUCAGGAUUCUUUUUAAACGAUGGAAACACAACACUACUCGCUCGUUCAUGAGUUUUAAUUCAGGAUUUGUAAUCGUUGAGUAAGAAAGUCAGAAUGAAUUUUGAAGGGGGGCAUUGAAGGGGGAUGUCGGUGUGCGGGGGUGUGAUCAAAAGUCUGGUGUGUGUGUUUGCGCUCACUGUGUGCGCGUGCUAACUGCUCACUGUGCGUGUGUGUGUGUGUGCGCGCUCAUCGUGCUCACUGAGUGUGUGUGUGCUCACUGCUUGCAGUGUGUCUGUUCAGUGUCUGUGUGUGCUCACUAUAUGUGUGUGCUCACUAUAUGUGUGUGCUCACUGUGCGUGCGCUCUCUGUAUGUGUGUGGUCAGUGCUGGACCGGCAUGUUAUUGUGUGGGUAAAAUUGAUAGUGUUGCACCCCCCCAAUAUGCAACAAGAAGACUGUUUCAGUGGGAAAUGGGAGCAUGAAUGAGAAGUUGGAUUCGAAUAACUUUAUAGCUAGAGGAUUGGACACUACGGAACGAGUGGGGCCUCCCUGCGUGCAGUGUUCCCUGGCACAUAACCCUGAAUAAGGUGUAUUUACACUAAACCUCAGGAAGCUAGCUCUAACCUGUCAGGGCCACUGGGAUCAGGGAGAGCUUUCACUGUGCGUCUGAGCACUGUGGGCACUUAGCUGUACAUGUGAGAGUGAGUGUACACGGGUCGGUAUAUGACAGUGAGUGUACACAGGUUGUGUAUCUCACAGUGAGUGUACGCAGGCCUGUGUAUGACAGUGACUGUACACAGGCCUGGGUAUGACAGUGACUGUACACAGGUUGUGUAUAUGCAUGUUUGGUUCUGGUUUCACUUUCUUUACAACAAGUCUUGUACAACAAGCUUAAAAUAAAUAUAAUUGGAUUUUAACUUUAA